CACAAACAUGAGCAGCACUUUGACUUAAAACAAAAAUCUUAAGGCUCAAUUUAUAAUCAAUUAUCAUUACUUGUUAUAUCUAAAGCAACAAAAAGAAGAUUUUCCCUUUAUAAUCACAUGCAAGUAAUUGAUUUGGAUGACAAUGGGAAAAAAUGAGAGAGUGAGUAAUAAUCCAAAAGGUUAUUGCUUUCCUCCCGAUUUAAGGGAUUUUGGGAUCGAUUUUCGAUAUCUCAUCCUCGCCGUUGUGGCUUUCUGGACAAAGGAAAAAAGAAAAGAAAAAAAAAUUGAAAUCAAACAUGCUAGUUUGGGAUGAUUAUUAAUUUGCUCUUUAUUUUCUUUUCUUCUGCUAAUCUUUGGUUUUAAGUCCCAAAAUGUCCUCCACCAAAAACCCGCCACAAUCCCACUCCUCCGACUAUGAUUCCGACACCGUCCCCAAUUCCUCCGCCCAUCAACUCCGGCAUGUUGAUCUCUCCAACACCAUAUUCAAAGCUUACCUCGAGAUCAAUGGCCAAGAUUCAUCUUCUUCCCCACAAUCAUUAGACCUUACAAAGAUCCAAUCUUUCCUUAAUUCCUCUUCUUCAGGAGCUCUUUCUUGCCUCAUCUGCCUUGAGCGCAUCAAAUCAACUGACCCCACUUGGUCUUGUAAUGGGUUUUGCUUCGCUGUGUUUCAUCUUCAAUGUAUUCAGAAUUGGGCUCAACAAUCUACUGCUCUUGCUGUCACGCGCCUCCCCAUAUCGGCUCAGACCGCGGCUGAUACUUCGGUAUGGAACUGUCCUAAAUGUAGAUUUGAGUAUUCUAAAUCUUUAAUUCCUAAGAAUUAUUAUUGUUUUUGUGGUAAAUUGGAAAACCCACCUCAUGAUCCUUGGAUUUUGCCCCAUUCUUGUGGGGAGAUAUGUGGGAGGCCAUUGAAGAAUAAUUGUGGGCAUUUUUGUCUAUUGUUGUGUCACCCUGGACCUUGUCCUUCUUGCCCUAAAUUAGUGAAAAGUAGGUGUUUUUGUGGGGGGAUUCAGGAUGUUAGGAGAUGUGGGUUUAAGGAAUUUUCAUGUAAUAAGCAAUGUAAUAAGGUUUUGGAUUGUGGGAUUCAUAGGUGUGCUGAGAUUUGCCAUAAUGAUGAGUGUCCACCAUGUAGGGAGAAGGGUGUGUAUAGGUGCCAAUGUGGGAAGGUGAAGGAGGAGAGGGAGUGUUGUGAUAGGGAUUUUCGAUGUGAUAAUCCGUGCGGGCAGGGUUUGGAUUGUGGGAAGCAUGUUUGUGAGCGAGGGUGCCAUGGGGGAGUGUGCAGUCAUUGCCCUCUUAAGGGUAGGAGGACUUGUCCCUGUGGGAGGAGAGUUUAUGAAGGGAUACCUUGUGAUGUUGAGGUGGCAUUGUGUGGGGCAACCUGUGAUAAGAAGCUGAGUUGUGGCAAGCAUACGUGCCAUGAAAGGUGUCAUCGUGGAUCUUGCGUUGAGAUAUGUAGAAUAAUGAUCACAAAGUCAUGUCGAUGUGGAAGCGUAAAGAAACAGGUUCCUUGCUAUCAAGAUUUGGCAUGUGAAAGGAAGUGUUCGAGAGAACGUAAUUGUGGGCGCCACGCAUGUAGGCGUCGUUGCUGUGAUGGAGAUUGUCCACCUUGUGCAGAGAUUUGUGGCAGGAGGCUCCGUUGUAGAAACCACAAAUGCCCUUCUCCAUGUCAUAGGGGACCCUGUGCACCUUGUCCACUUAUGGUAACCAUUUCAUGUGCUUGUGGGGAGACACGUUUUGAGGUUCCUUGUGGAACAGAAACGGAACAGAAGCCGCCUCGUUGCCGCAAAACAUGUCGGAUAGCUCCGUUAUGUAGGCACAAAUCAAUUUGUAAGCCUCACAAAUGUCAUUAUGGAAACUGCCCACCUUGUGGACUUCCCUGUGGUGAAGAAUAUCCUUGUGGCCAUGCCUGCAAACUAAGGUGUCAUGGUCCUCGACCUCCACCUAACCCAGAGUUCACACUGAAACCGAAGAAAAAGAAACACAAUCUUCAGAGUGAACCAACAGUGGGAACUCCAUGUCCACCAUGUCCAGAACUUGUUUGGAGGUCUUGUCUUGGCCAACACUUUGCAGCAGAAAGAAUGAUGGUUUGUUCAAAUAAAGCGCAAUUUUCCUGUGACAACCUGUGUGGAAAUUCUCUUGCUUGUGGCAAUCAUUAUUGCACAAAGACUUGCCAUGCCCUUCAGAACGUGUCAUCCUCAUCAGAUCAGCGUACAAGAGGAGUGCCCUGUGAAGAUUGUACUCUCCCUUGCCAAAAGGACACUGCAUGUUCACACCCUUUCCCACAGCCAUGCCAUCCUGAAGAAUGCCCCCUGUGCAAAGUGCUCUUAAAACGUGCAUGUCAUUGUGGUGCAAUGGUCCAUGUUUUUGAGUGUAUAUACUAUAACACCUUAUCUGAAAAGGAACAACUGAGUGCUCGUUCUUGUGGUGGACCUUGCCACAGAAAGUUACCUUAUUGUACACAUCUUUGCCCGGAGACUUGUCAUCCUGGUCCUUGUCCUUCACCCGAGAAAUGCUGUAAAAAGGUUACUGUUCGUUGUGGAUGCCACAACUUGAAAAAGGAGUGGUUGUGUUGUGAUGUUCAAACCAGCUAUAGAAAUUCUGGUCAUGAUCUUAAAGAUAUACCUAAAACUCAAUAUGGAUAUGGACUUCUUUCCUGUGAUUCCAGCUGUAAAAGCAAAGCCCAAGCUGCUGAGUCUGAAUUACUGCAGCGAAAAUCUAAGGCACCAGAGAAAAAGGUGAUCGAGAAUGAAGCAAAUGUACCAAAGCGAAGAAAGAGGCGUGGGCGAGUACAAGAAAUGAAGCAAGAUUCGAAAUUUCAGAAAUUCAGAACCUGGCUGCAAAGAUUUGUUAUGUUCAUCAUUGUUUUGGUAGCUCUAGUUGCUGUAGCAUGCUAUGGAUACAAGGGUCUCUUGUCACUCAAUGACUGGAUGAACAAAGUUGAAGAACACCGUGAGAAGAGAAGAUACCGAAGGAUCUAAUAAUCACCGGCAAAAUACUGCUAAUUGUGGCUGGUAAAGACAUUACAGACAUGAUUAUACUACACCAUUCUUUAUUUUUUCCUACACUAUUGUAUUUCGUAUGGUAUUAGAGCAGCUAUAUACUUACAGAGUUGAAAAUCAGGCAUUUCAAAUUUUCAGGUAUGUAUUGUAUAAAAUGUCUUCGAAAGUAUUUUGUACCUUAUUACAUCUUUCUUAUGGUCAUAUGUAGGAUGCUAAAAAAAUGUAACAUGUAAUCUGUUGUACUUUCUCUUUCACAAAAUUUAAUUUACUAUUGCAUACAACAAUAUAAGCAAAUCAUCAAUGAAUUUAAUGA